AUGGUGUGUGCCAAUAUGGACGGCACAGACAAGAUGCCACUUCUUGUGAUUGGAAAGUCAGCCAAUCCUCGAUGUUUCAAGAACGUGCGGUCCCUUCCUGUGGAAUACCAUGCUAACAAGAAAGCCUGGAUGACUGGAGAUAUCUUCUCAACAUGGGUUAAGCAGCUCGACAAGAUGAAGAAAAAGAAACGAAAAAUUGCCCUCGUCAUAGACAACUGUCCAGCUCACCCCAAGAUUCCUGGUCUGCAGUCCAUAGAGCUGAUUUUCCUGCCACCCAACACAACAUCCAAGACCCAACCUAUGGACCAAGGAAUCAUCCAAAACCUUAAGGUCCACUACAGAAAAAGAGUUCUCUUACGCUACAUUUCUGCCAUUGAUAAGAAAGAGACUCCACACAUCUCUAUCCUAGAUGCUCUUCACAUGCUGAGCCAAGCUUGGGCCUGCGUCACUGUGAAUACCAUUUCCAACUGCUUCAAACACGCUGGUUUCGCCAACAGUACCACAACAGAGACCGAGGAAGAAGAAGACGAGUUUGACAUUGACGAUAAUAUCCCCUUGUCCAGAUUACGAGACCUUGGCCUGACCCCCGAUGUCCUGCAGCAGUUUACUGACGCCGACAACGAAUUGCAGACAUGUGUUGACUUAACAGAUGAUAACAUCUUAGAGGAAGUCAAAAUGAAUAGAGAGCCAGAAGCCCAAUCUGUAGAAGAGAGCGAUCCCGACGACCGCCCUGCCCCCGUUCCUUGCCUUGAAAAAGUAUCUAGUGCAUGUGACAUUGUGCUUGCCAACCUUCAAAACCGUGCCGACAGUAGUGACAUUUUGACGAACUUUAACAUUAUUUGUGAUCUUGUGAACAGAGACAUUUUCAAGAAGAAAACUUCCCAUCAAUCUCACAUUCCGAACUUUUUUAAGUGA